AUUCCGCCUCUCUACACCUUCCAUUCCAUAAAACCCCCACCCAUAUCUGAUCUCGUUCCUCACACAACCAAACAACCUCACCGCGCAGCCGCCGCCAGAGAUAGCCCGCAAUCACCACCGUCCAACAUACAAUGGCCACCAAAGCAAUCCCACCUACUCCAAGAGUGGAGAUCCUCGCAAACAGCGGCCUCAGCUUCAUCCCCGCCGAGUUCGUCCGCCCACAAUCUGAACGCCAACACCUCCAAGACUCCCUCAACAAGAACCCCUGCGGUGUUGAGAUCCCAAUCGUCGAUCUCGGGGGGUUCUCAUCAGAGGAAGGGCGGCGGCGGCGGUGCGUGGAGGAGGUGAUGGCAGCUGCAGAGGAGUGGGGGGUGAUGUUCCUCGUGAACCACGGUGUGCCGGAGGAGCUCAUUGAGCGGCUGCAGGCGGCGGGGAAGGGGUUCUUCGAAUUGCCGGUGGAUGAAAAGGAGAAGUAUGCUAAUGAUCAGUCAAGGGGACAGAUACAGGGCUAUGGGAGCAAGCUAGCAAAUAAUGAAAACGGUAUACUUGAGUGGCAGGAUUACUUUUUUCACCUCGUCUACCCCCCGGAGAAGACGGACCUCACCAUCUGGCCGACCCAACCCGCGGACUACAUUGCGACCACAACCUCGUUCGCCAAGGAGCUCCGAGCCCUAGCCUCAAAAAUGUUCUCCAUACUCUCCCUCGGUCUUGGCCUCGACCAAAACAAGCUCGAAGCCGAGCUCGGCGGCCAAGACGACCUCCUCCUCCAGCUCAAGAUCAAUUACUACCCGCCCUGCCCGCAGCCGGAGCUGGCCCUCGGCGUCGAGGCCCACACCGACGUCAGCUCCCUCUCCUUCAUCCUUCACAACGGGAUCCCCGGCCUCCAGGUCUUCAAAAACGGCGCCGGCUGGAUCACCGCUCCCCUCGUCCCAAACUCGAUCAUCGUUCACGUCGGGGAUGCGCUCGAGAUCAUCAGCAAUGGGAGGUGCCACAGCGUUCUUCACCGAGGACUUGUUACUAAGGAAAAUGUUCGGAUCUCGUGGGCGGUUUUCUGCGAGCCGCCGAGGGAGAAGGUGGUGCUUCGGCCGCUUCCGGAGUUGAUUGGGAAGGGGGAGGUGGCGAGGUUUGAGCCGCGGACUUUUGCGGAGCAUUUGGAGGGGAAGCUGUUCAAGUCGAGGGUGGAGGGUUGCGGGGAGAAGGCGCCUGUGGAUUAAGUGGGAGAGGAAGAUGGAAGAAGGGGGCAGGACGUGGGGGUGGCCCGGUGGGGAAUGUUUUUGGAUCAAAAUGUAAUCAUUUAGAUCAUAUGUAAUCAUUUAGAUCAUGUGGGAAUAAAUCAUAGUUUUUUA